GAAUAUCGCUAAAUGAUAAAUAUAGAAGAUAUUCUCGAUGCACGCUGAAAUGUUCAUGUGGCGCGUUUUUGGGUGCAGAUGUGAACUCGUUCCGGACUCGCCGCGCGGCAGCUGUUUCUCUCCGAACCGAGUUGCCACGCUGAAGCUUGAGGUCAGCCCUUCCAAGUUCCAAACGAGCCCAACGAAGGAUACCCCAACCGCUCAAAAAACCCUUUGAUCGACCAGCUGAUCAAGAGAAAGGGUUUUGCUGGUGAGCUCUCACGGUUUGGAGAGAAGAGAUGUGGAGGUCAAAAGCAAGAGACGUUCUCCUCAGAUAUUCAAGACUGGUAGCUCCCGUUCGAUGCCAGGUAGCAUUCGAAACCCUACCCGUUAUUCGAACUCCGCCUUUGCAUUCCUCAACCUUCAUCUCUCACAACAAAUCUUGUUACCGGAGCAUUAGACUUUUCUCUCACGAUUCAGCUCCUAUUGCUCAUGAGUUCGGUGACCAAGUUCAUUCUGAAUCACCUUCUUCGCCGGCUCUUGAGUCAGCUGAUGCUUCUACCAGUACAAGUGGUGGUUUUGAUGAAAACCCUAGAUUUCUUUCGCAUGAACCAGAAACUUCUUCGGUGCUUUCUGAUGAAAUAUCUAGUCUCGAAUCACAAGAAUCUGGUGCACCUUCAUUGAACUUAGAAGUUGGUAUCGAUGAAGAGGGGCCUGAGGGUGAAAGUCCAGAUCCUUUAUUCCAAGAAGCUGGUAACUGUGAGGAUCAAAUGAGCGAAUUUGUUCCCGAAGAACCGUUUGAGGAAGCCCCAGACGAAACUCCCGAUGUUGAUAUGGAGCAAGUCGAGAAUGUACUCUCCGUUCUUCAAAGUAGUUUGGAUGGAUCUCUGGAAUCAAGCUUGGAUAAGAUGGAUUUGACUCUAACUGAGGAAUUCGUAGUUAGAGUACUACAGACACCACUUGUCUUGGGUGGAAAUUUAAUUGGUUUUUUCAAAUGGGCUUCAAGAAAACCGGGCUUUUCUGUAACUUCCAGGGUUAUUGAUUCCCUUGUUCGGGCCGUCGCUGCUGGUCUUAGGAAGAAGGAUGCUUAUGCUUUGUGGGACUUGGUAAAGGAAAUUGGAGAGAGGGAGAAUGCUGUCUUGACAACUGAUGCUCUCAACGAAUUGAUCUCUCUGUUUUGGAAGUUGGGCAAGGGGAAGGCUGGUCUAGAAGUGUUUAACAAGUUCGAGGAGUUUGGAUGCAUUCCAAAUGCAGACUCUUACUAUUUUACGAUUGAAGCACUUUGUUGUCGAUCAUUCUUUGACUGGGCCUGGUCUGUCUGUGAGAAGAUGCUCAACAGUGGGAACUUACCUGAGAGCGAGAAGAUUGGUAACGUUAUCUCUUGCUUCUGCAAAGGAGAGAAAGCUAAAGAUGCUCAUCUGGUUUUUCUGAUGGCAAAAGAGAAGAACAAAUAUCCUCCUCAUUCAUCUAUUACUUUUCUGAUCACUUCUUUAUGUAGAGAGGACGAGACUGUCCGGUUAGCUUUAGAGUUGUUAGAGGAAUUUUCGGGAAAAGCACAGAAAUAUGCAAUUAAGCCAUUUUCUUCUGUUGUCCGUGGUCUGUGUAGGAUCAAGGACGUUGAUGGGGCAAAGAAUCUGCUAUUUAAGAUGAUUGAUGCAGGCCCACCUCCUGGGAAUGCUGUGUUUAAUUCAGUCAUCAAUGGCCUCUCUAAGGCUGGGGAAAUGGAUGAUGCAUUGGCACUGGUGAAGAUGAUGGAGAGUAGAGGAUUGAGACCAGACAUAUACACUUACAGUGUUAUUAUGAGUGGUUAUGUAAAAAAGCACCAGAUGGAUGAUGCAUGCAGAAUUUUAUCCGAAGCCAAGAAAAAGCAUUCAAAGCUAAGUCCUGUUACUUAUCAUAUACUCAUCCGUGGUUAUUGCAGACUUGAGGAAUUUGAUAAGGCUCUAAAGUUGCUGAGUGAGAUGAAAAAAUAUGGAGUCCAACCAAAUCCUGAUGAAUACAAUAAAUUGAUCCAAUCUCUUUGUCUCAAGGCUUUAGACUGGGAAACAGCAGAGAAGUUGUUACAAGAAAUGAAAGAGAAUGGGUUGCAUCUGAAUGGGAUUACUCGGGGUCUUAUAAGGGCAGUCAAGGAGUUGGGAGAGGAGGAAUUGCAGUCUGGAGGCAUUACUAGUGAAACAUAGAUUCCUCACUUUUUCUUUUUGUCUUUGUUUCUGUUUUUUCAAAGGGAUGCACUUUUAGCUUUUUGAAGAGUUUAACAUGACCUUCUAUUUUCCUGCUGAACACAAGAGAACUUUUUGCAUUUAAUUUAGAAGAAGUUCUCUUUCUUUGCUUUGAAUAUUUUAAAAUUUCGCAACUUA